CGGCACGUGUAUGUUUGUGAAUUUUGACAAAUUGAUAUUUCUUGUUUUAGUUUUAAGAUGACACAUUAUGAAAUUGGCUCGGUGGCCAAUUUUGUCAGCCAAAAAUCAGAUGUAUCCAACAAGAAGACGUCGUUGCAGAAAAAUCAACAAGUUCUUGAUCAACUUUUCGCUAGUUCAAAUUCUACGGCAAACACAGUCGUAGCCAACGUCCCUAUACCCAAAGAGACCAUCAAAAAGGUAAAAAAAAGCAAAAGACAGGCUGAUCAAUAUGCCAUAUCAAAUUUUCCAAGCUUAAAGAAAACAAAAAAUAUAAAAGAACUGGAUGAAGAUGAGGUAGAAAAAAUAUUAGAUCCUGGGCCAGAGGAUGAUGACGACGACAUGGACAAUGAGGAGGAAGAAUCUGACAAACUUAGUAGAAAACUGAAAAAGAAUGAACUUAAGAAUGUAAAAAAGUACUUGGAAAAGAAAGGAGAAACAAAGGAAGAUAGCAAUAGGGUGGUUCUUGUGAAAAACUUGCCCAUCAAAAUUAAAAGAAAAACUGUACAUCACUUUUUUGCCAAAUGUGGGAAAAUUGAUGCUGUUUGGCUAAGGUGUGCUGCAUUAGCUGAUCCUGCCAUGCCAAAAAAAGUGGCUGUUAUCAAACAAGAAUUUCACCCAAAUCGACAAUCCAUUUCAGCCUUCAUCCGAUUCGAGACGAACGAAUCGGCUAAACAAGCUCUUUCAAUGACGGGGUGUGAGUUUCAAGAACGUCAUAUUGCUGUGAGCCUCCUCGCAGAUGCCAAUAUUAAAAAGCAACUUGGCCUUGGAAUCUUUGUCGGCAAUCUUACCUUUGAUAUUGCAGAUGAAGCUCUCUGGCUUCAUUUUGGAGAAUGUGGUAAAAUCAGUGACGUCCGAGUCAUCCGGGACAGAACCAAUGGAAUGGGCAAAGGAUUCGGCUACGUCAACUUCGAGAGUGCCGAUUCCGUGGAAUUAGCGUUGAAAUUAGACCAGUCAAUCUUAAACGACCGACCUAUUCGAGUAUCACGAUGCAAAAAGAACCCUAAACCUUUCAAAGCCGAAGAAAAGACUGCGGGCAAAGAAAAAGAAAAUAGCAAAGAAUCAGGUGCCUAUAAACGGAUUAAAAAUAAAGAAAUGCAAGAAGAAAGGAAGAAAGGUUCCGGUUGGAUCACGAAAAUGAAGAAACGCAAUAAGGAAUCGUAUCACAAGGCUGCCAAAGUAAAUUCGUUUGCCGGUGAAACGACUGGUACUAACAGUGUCAAGGUCGUAAAAACUGGCAAGGCAGUGAAAAGAAAUAAGGAAGAACAUCGAAAGAAAGUUAUUGCCGCCAAAUUGGCUUUUGUUAACAAGAAAUAAUUACAAUGACGGAUGUUUUUUCUACCCUGCAUCAUUGGCUUUUA